UCAAAUAUGACUAUUUCAGUAAAGUUUGGGGGCAAGUUAGACAUGUUUCCUUCACAUUUAUCAAAAUCUCGAAGGUAAAAUUCUCAAACCAAUAAAAUUUAGCAGAGAAAAUUUCAAUGGCGGAAUCAAAACCACACUCAACAGCCUCUCCAUCGUCAGAGAAAGAUGUUCAUACUGCGCAUCACCAUAAAGAAACACAUGGAACAAGUGAUGACAUUGAUGAGAGCACCCCAAUAGAUGAAGUUAAAGGACCAGGUGUUCUUGAACGAGUCAAGGAAGAGAUUGAGGCCCUUGUUGGAGCAAUUCUUCCUAAGAAGGAUGAGAAUCACAAGCAUCUUCCUAGCAAUGAAAUGAAGUAGGUUGAAAAGAAAAGAGAAAUUUUCUUACUUUUGUGAUUGAAUAAUGGAAAUUGAUGUUGUAUUAUUGAUGACUUUCAAUUCCCCAAGUCAGUAUAUCUGCUGAAACUUACUUGUUUUUAUGCGCUUGGGCAUUGUGGAAUGUGGAGAAUGUAUCAUUCAUUCAUUUAUUAUUUGCUUUGAGAUUGAGAAUGCA